AAUCCGAGUUUGGGUCCGGGAUCUGGAAGGGCCCAAGACCAGAAGCGGCUGGUUCUAAGGCUGUGGGAGGAGCCAACCUGAGUGAGUGGUUUGGGCUCGCGAGCAAGAAAUGGAGAACGACCCGGAGCCAAAGAAUCGAUUUCAGGUUCUUAAUCGGCUGGACAGCUUCCCGGGGCCGAAAAAUGGGGCUAAUCUGCACCAGGUUCGUGGCUGGCAUCAUGGCAGACAGGGCCUUCACGAAUCCCUAUCCAGAUUAUAGCAAAUCCCAGGCCUUGGGAUACUUUGACACUUCAGGGAGGCUUACUACUGAAUUCUCACAACGUAUAAACAAUAAGAUUCGAGAGCUUCUUCAGCAGAUGGAAAUGGGCCUAAAAUCAGCUGACCGUCGGGACUGCACUGUCUACACUGGAUGGGCAGGGAUUGCUGUACUAUACUUACAUCUCUUUGAUGUAUAUGGAGACACAAUCUACCUACAGAUGUCCCAUGAAUACGUAAAAAAGAGCUUAAGUUCCCUGACCAAGCGCACCAUCACCUUCCUUUGUGGCGAUGCUGGCCCUUUAGCGGUGGGAGCUGUGGUAUACCACAAGAUGGGGAAUGAGAAACAGGCAGAGGACUGCAUCACUCGUCUUCUCCACCUAAAUAAUCUUGACCCCCGAGUUCCUGAUGAAAUGCUCUAUGGACGAAUGGGCUACAUCUAUGCUUUGCUUUUUGUGAAUAAGUACUUUGGAGAAGAAAAGAUACCUCAGCAUCAUAUUCAGCAGGUUUGUGAUAUGGUAAUAUCAUCAGGUGAGACUCUUGCCAGAAAGAGAAACUUCAUUUCAAAGACACCACUGAUGUAUGAAUGGUAUCAAGAAUAUUAUGUGGGGGCUGCCCAUGGACUGGCAGGUAUUUACUACUACUUGAUGCAGCCUAGCCUUCAGGUAAGCCAAGUGAAGUUGCACAAUGUGGUCAAGCCCAGCGUAGACUACGUCUGCCAGCUGAAAUUCCCUUCUGGCAACUACCCUCCAUGUGUGAAUGAUUCUAAAGAUAACCUUGUCCAUUGGUGCCAUGGGGCCCCUGGGGUUAUCUACAUGCUCACGCAGGCUUACAAGGUAUUCAAUGAGGAAAAGUAUCUUAAUGAUGCCUCGAAAUGCGCUGAUGUGAUCUGGAAGUUUGGGUUACUCAGAAAAGGAUAUGGGCUGUGCCAUGGUGCUGCAGGCAAUGCAUAUGCCUUUCUGACAUUAUACAAACUCACCCAUGACAUGAAAUAUCUGUACAGAGCUUGUAAGUUUGCUGAAUGGUGUCUGGAUUAUGGAGAGCAUGGAUGUAGGACUCCUGACACACCUUUCUCCCUCUUUGAAGGAAUGGCUGGAACCAUUUAUUUCCUGGCUGACCUGCUCAUUCCAACAAAAGCCAGAUUCCCAGCUUUUGAAAUGUAAAAGACCAAAUGCAUCCCUGCAGCUCAGUGCAUGUCCAUCACUAUCCAUGCAAACAUUGGGAUAAAUGAGUCCAUUACUUUUCACUCACCUUUCUUAACUAAAGAGAACAAAUUCUGUGUUUAAAAUAAUUGGUCUUUUCAACACUAAUCUUCAGCUCAGUGUGUUUUGGAAAAUUUUCUUUUAUUUAAAAGGAUCUGGGGAAAAGAAACUUUAGGUUGUUUUCCUAAAAGGGGGUGAAAUGUACAAUAUUUUGUUGGAAACACAUACACACAUAUUUCAGAACUUGCAAGAAGCUGCUUAUUAUUUAAACUUUUCAACGUGAUUUAAUGUUGAUACAGUUUUUGCUGCUGUAAUAAAAACUGAAUUGUAGUUAAAGAUUAAUACAUAACUGUUAGUGGAUAGUACUGCUUCUUAAAUAUUCAUUUUCCUUUGGACUAUAGAAAAGAUAUUAUUAUAGCCAGGCUUCUGUGUGGUUGGCUGACUAUCAGAGGAGAGGAGAGCAGAGCUAUAUUUGCUCUGGAAAACUGCAGAAGCCACAAACUGGACCAACAAUACUGAAUCCUUUCUUAAACUCACAUUGUCUAUUCAGAGUUUAUUUAAUGAACUCUUUAUCUUUUUAUUAGUGGAUAUAAGCUAGCAUUUGUAUACAACUCCCAAAUUUAAAAAAACCUUAAAAAUAUGAUAAUCAGUUUAAAAUUUUUACUUUGUUUUGAUAAAGUUCAAAGUAUGCUAAUAAAUUACAUGUUUAUUAUUUUUGGCUCUAGAAAAAUGUUCUGAAUUUUGGAAGUUCUUAUUAAAAGGUGGAUAUUUUUGUUGUUA